GAUUAUACAGACGAACAAGAUGAUAUUGCCCAUGACGAUGAUGAUGAUAAUACAGAUGAACAUGAAGAAGGUGAUAAUCAUACAGACGCUGUCGAACAAGAUGAUAUUGCUCAUGACGAUGAUAAUGAUUAUACAGAUAAACAUGAAGAAGGUGAUAAUCAUACAGACGCUGUCGAACACGAUGAUAUUGCUCAUGACGAUGAUAAUGAUCAUACAGAUGAAGAUAAUCUUGCAAAUGAAGAUGGUAAGAAUCAAGAUGCAAUCAUCGUUGAUUCACAAAUUAUAAUCCCUAAUAUUAAUAUAAGUCCUGAAAGAAUUGAGAACAAUAAAAGUGACUUAAAGACUACAAAAAGCGAAAUGGUAAAUGAAAAAAACAAGUUUUAUAAAUUAGAGCCACUUCCUGAUCUCGGAGAAACGCCAUCUAUAUCUUCAAAUGACCUGAACAAAGGAGCAUACACGCUGAAACAAUUCUUGAACAUGACGAUAACCCAAACAGCACCAUUUUACAAGGAAAUUACUAUGAUAUCCAAGAAAUGGAAGCAAAAUGAUAUCAUCAGUUCUUUGAUUGUCACUCGAUCAUAUAUGGACCAAUUAUUGAAUUGGUUAAUAGCUGCAAGGCUAAGACUAAAACCUCCGAUUUCCCCAAUACUCCUGUAUACACCAGAUUACUCAAUCGCUAAAUUCUUCAAAGAUCGUCAAUUUGAUUGUGUUUAUUUAAAUACAUCUGAUAUAUUGAAAGAACAUUUAUACAUUAACCUGAGACAAAUCUGGUAUUUGAGAAUUAUGGUUUGGAAAACUAUCAAUUUUAUAGGAUUUGAUGUUUUGAAUUUUGAUGCAGAUGCGCUACCAUUGAAGAACCCCUUUCCAUUAUUGAAAUCCCCAAAGGUGCUAAGCAGCGAUGUGGUAGGGGCAUUUGUUGGAAAUAAACCUAACUAUGUAAAGGAAGAAUGGAAUCUGAAUUCGGCAUUCUGUAUGGGAUUUAUGCUUUUCAGGCGAACACGUAAAACAGAAGCGUUCUGGCAAAAUGUAAAUGAUUUUAUAUUCGGAUCGACAAAAUCAAAAGAAUCAACAACAAGAACCGACCAAAGUAUCAUUAACAGUGUUUUACACCUGAUGCACGUGACCUGGAAAAAAUCAAUUGUUAAUGCUUGCUCUGAUAGUGGGCCGUGCUUGAAGGAAACCUACCAAGGAAUGGGAUCAAAUGGCUUUAGAAUAACCACACUCCCAGAGCAAAUUACAUGCAGAUUCAGCUGUAAAAUAACAACUCACAUACAUAAGGUGACUAUUUGGCACCCCAUUAAGAACACAGUGAAGGGUAACGUUUGGUUUUUAGUACCCGAUUGGCAAGACAAAGUUAAAAGUUCACAUGCCACAGGAACAGAAUUUUUGAAGGAAUUGGCAGAUAUUUCAAAAAUUGAUUUGAGUAACUUUUUCUAACAAUGUGAAGCUAUCUAUGUAAAGUGAUUCACCAAGUCA